UUUAACUUACAUACUCAAAAAAGCGCCGUUUUGCUCCACUCGGAAACCUUCUUCCCUUUGCUCUUCUCCAUUAGCUCCGCCGCGAAGACCCUUUACACUAGACUUACUAUGGGGAGAAAACGGAACUUGAGCGAAGAUGGUGGUAAGGAAGAUGAAGAAGAGAAGCCUAUGAAAGAGAAAAGGGUGAAAGAGAAGCAGGAGGGAAGAGAAAGCAUGCGUCCUUCAAUGAUUAAGAACAAGGAGAAAAGAUCAGCUGUCCAUGCUAAGUUGAAGAAGCAGAAGAAGGUUGAGAAGCGGAAAAAGGUUAAAGCUCGUGAAGCUGUUGAGAAGAAAGCAUUGGAGCUAGGGGAGGAGCCUCCACCAAAGAUGGUACCCCGUACGAUUGAGAAUACAAGGGAGUUAGAUGAGACUGUCUGUUUACCUGAUGAUGAAGAGCUAUUUGCUGGCAACGAUGUUGAUGAGUUUAGUGCAGUUCUGCGGAACGAGCGUACCCCGAAAAUAUUGAUUACAACAUCCCGUUAUAACUCUACAAGAGGACCAGCAUUUAUUUCCGAUCUUAUUUCUGUGAUUCCUAAUGCUCAUUACUAUAAACGAGGGACAUAUGACCUGAAAAAGAUUGUCCAAUAUGCAAAUGAGAAGGAAUUUACUUCUGUUAUUGUAGUUCACACCAAUCGCCGUGAACCAGAUGCUCUUCUCAUCAUUGGUUUACCUGAUGGACCUACUGCUCAUUUCAAGCUCUCAAAGCUCAUGCUACGGAAGGAUAUCAAGAAUCAUGGAAAGCCAACUAGUCACAAGCCUGAGCUAGUUUUGACCAACUUCACAACACGUUUGGGGCAUCGAGUUGGGAGGAUGGUACAGUCACUUUUUCCACAAGACCCUGAAUUUCGUGGCCGUCGAGUUGUGACCUUCCACAACCAACGUGAUUUCAUAUUUUUUCGCCAUCAUCGCUACAUUUUUGAAACCAAAGAGAGCAAACAGAAAGAAUCAAAAGGUAAAAAAAGCAAGGAUGAGAAGAACUCACAAGAAAGGACAGUUGCCCGUCUGCAGGAAUGUGGUCCGCGAUUUACUCUCAAAUUAAUCAGUCUCCAGCAUGGUACUUUUGAUACUAAGGGUGGGGAAUAUGAAUGGGUUCACAAGCCGGAGAUGGAUACAAGUCGACGGAGAUUUUUCUUGUGAUAAUGUUGGAUGUUUCUGCCGUUGGGAUUUCAAGGUCUUUGUACCCAAACCAUGUCAGAGGCAGAAGUUCACUAUGAAAAUUUUGAUCUUUUCUGUUUAACUGUUUUUCUAGGUGGGGGUGCACUUUUGUAAUGAACUAUUCCUUACAGUAACUUAUUAAAGUAGAAAGGUUGGGUUUUAGUCUUAGUCCAUCACAAAAGUUGUAUGUGACCUUUAGCAACAAGAUGAUUAAUUACUUAAUUUAAGGUUGCUGA